UCUUUUUCACGGAUUCGCUGUGCAGCGCAGAAGCAAUUUGAGGGCUUGGGUCUUCUGGUCAUGGCUUCGCUUGGGGAGCCAGUCCUCAACUUUGAGGAUUGGCUGGAGCUCCUGGAAGGGCAGCGGCAGCAGCUUCUGGAGUUGGCGGAGGUGGAGCAUGGCCGCUGGAGAGCCUCGCUGGACGGGGUCUUUGCCCGCCUGAGCCUCCGACAUUUGCAGCCGCUCCAGCCGCUGAUGCUGGAAGGUGCUUUCCAGCCUGGGCCGAAGCAGCCCUUGCUCAUCUCUGAGACUGCGGACCCCUGGCCAGAGAUGGACUGGAAUGAGGAGUAUUUGGCCACGCCCAGCGCGUCCCCGCAGUCUAGAUGUCACACUCCGCGGGAUCAGCAGUCCAUGGAUGUCAUGCCCGAUGCGCGAAAGGAGGCACCGUUGGCUAACGUGCUGCGGCCAGAGAGCGAACGGGCCAAUCACAGCCCGGCGACGAAGUUCAAGUCGGCGUCGAAAAAUAUCAUCAGCACCCGAGAGAACUUUACCAGGGGCUUUAACAAGGCCGCGGCAUGCAUGGACUACUUGGCUGGCUUCCUGGUGCUGUUGAACUCCGCAGUGAUGAUGCUGGAGCUGGAGAUGCUUGGUCGGGCCAUUGGCCGCGAGCUAGGCAACGAGGGAGGCCCUGCGAUGCAGGACAUCCAAGGAACCUUUGCAGCUGUCCACCACACCUUCGUGUUUGUGUUCCUUGCAGAGCUGUUCCUCCGAAUCGCUUUGGGCAAGCUAGAUUUCUUCAAGGACAUGCUGAACUGGCUGGACAUCAUCUUGGUGCUUGCUGGCCUUUCAGAGAUCCUAUUUAUGGAGGGUAACCCCAGGAACAUCCUCCUGAUUCGUCUUAUGCGAUCUCUGAAGGCACUUCGGGCCAUCCGCAUGGUGCGGACCUUCCGGAUAUUUCGGGGGCUCCAGCUGCUGGUGCAAGCUUGCACCUGCUUUCUGCCCUCCCUGGGCUGGUCCAUGGCACUGCUCACGGUCUUCAUGUCCAUCGCAACUUUGGUUCUCGGGAAUCUUCUCCAGGACUUCAUGCUGGACACUGCAGCGGUGUACGAAGACAGGGUGUGGAUUUGGGAGCAUUAUGGCACUGCUUACCGGGCCAUGUACACGCUUUUCGAGAUUACCUUUGCUGGCAACUGGCCAACCAACGCACGGCCUGUAUUGGAAAAAGCUGGGCAUAGCUUUGUGAUUUUCUUCGUCGUGUAUAUCACUAUCAUCGUCUUUGCAGUUACAAAAGUGAUAGGUGCCAUCUUCCUCAAGGACACGCUUGAUGCUGCACAGGCAGAUGCCGAACAUUUGGUGGUGGACCGAUUGCGGAAAAAGGCCGAGUACGUGCAGAAGCUGGAGGGUGUGUUCAUGGCCAUCGAUGAAGCUGGCGACGGCAUGAUCUCCGAGGAAAAGCUCACAACCAUCUUAACGAACCCAAAGGUCGAGGCAUACUUUCAUACUCUGGACGUUGACGUCACGGAGGGUGCGGCGCUGUUCAAAAUGCUAGACAAUGGAGACGGCCAGUUAUCCCUCGACGAGUUCAUUGACGGCAUCCUCCGCUGCCGGGGUCCAGCGCGGGCGUUGGACCAAGUGGCCAUGCGCGCAGACCUGAAGCAGCUGGAUGCCAAGAUGACGACGUUGCUGGUGGCCACAGGGCACCCACCGAGGAGGAGUUCUUUCCAAAAGAUCUAAGCAGUGCACGAAAAAUUCAGUGGAUCGUUCAGUUUCCCCAAGGGAAGCCUGCAACGCUCCUAAUCCCAAAGAGUGGGCAUUGGCAGGAGGAGAAACACACAUAUCUUGCAGCGGCUUUUUGUGGGUCACACCAUGACAGCACGACCAGCUGCGCCUCGCUUGUUUCAUCUAGCCGGUGCCAAAGUUGCACCGUCCGAGC